UUCUUUCAUCCUUUGCACUCUUCCUUAGUCUCGUCUACAUUCUUUAUAUGUGUCGUUGCAUCGAGUGCUUGGACGUCCUAACCUCGUUUCAAGUGGCGCACUAGUCGGAGGUACUUCCACUCAGGGCACCCCUCUGUCGUACGUAACCUUUUCGCAUCACUGAUGCUGCUGUGAUCAGAGCUGUGCGGAAGUCAAGCUACAGCAGUCCUCCCGCCGCUGUUGAUUGUCUCCUGGAAUGGAGAACGGCGAUUCACCUGCAGCGGAAGAAGGGAGCGGCAGAGGUGCAAUAACUUGUUUCUUCGAAGCCUCCCUAGUGCUGGUGUCCUGCGCUGUGUUCUACAAGUUCGCAUGGUUGUACUACCGCGAAAGGUUGUUCCCUCACCACAGUUUCGCUGCAGUCGCAACCACCACUACCGCCUACUCUGCCAGUGGGGAUGUGCUCUCGCUCAAGGCGGCCGGACGAGCUUUCUCUCUUACUUUUGCUCUCUCCUGCUGUAUAUUCGAGCUCAUCAUCUUAGAAAUCGCGGGAUGGCUUAACCCAGCCUCGAGCCCGCUAGCCUGGAGAGCGUGUCUGAGUCUCAUGGUUCUUGGCCUGCACGUGGUAUUGCCCUUCCUCUUGGCGUUCGCUUGCCUGGGAGAGGUGGGGCUCGGCCGACGGCCCGCCUGCGUGGGCGCCCUGAUACUACUCUCGGGGAUCCUAUUCGUGGCUUCAGGCUUAGGACACCAGGACAUUCCAACAUCACCACCAUCAUCGUCAGCAGCAGAAGCAGCAGCACUAGCGGGGCGGCCACCGGUGUUUUCGCUUGAGGCUGGCCUGGCGAGGGUGGGGGUAGUUGGAGUGGCAUCGCUUGCCCUUCUCAGCGGCUUCGGCGCUGUCAAUCUCCCAUAUCAGCUGCUGGCGACGCUCCUGCGUACAGUGCCCCACAGUGUCGUCAAGUCGCGGGAGAGGAGGGCACGCCUCACGCUCAAGGACAUCGGGCAACGGAAACGCCGAGCAGCGAUAUCCUCUUCCUCUUACGCCGUGCGAGGCGGAAACGGGGCAGGAGCCACUCCCGGCGGCAACGUUUACGGUUACGGGGGAUCGGCGGCAGCAGCGAGGGCGGUAGGCUCACCAUCGCAACGCGGUAGCCUGUUCUCCAGGAUGAUUCGGGCGUUGACGGCAGUGGUUCCCGGGUUUUCUUCUACUCCCUCGGGGAACGCGGCCUCUUUCUCGUUUGCCGCACAGGCUGCAGCGGAGGCCGAGGCGACGGCCAGCCUGGAGAAAAUAGCCCGGGACCUGUUCCUGGAGAUCUCUGACUGCCGCCGAAUCCAGGAUCAACAGCGACGGGCAAGGACCCUGCCUGGACGCAUCCUCGUAGUCUUUGGCGCGGGGAUGUUCGUGUACUGCCUCCUGCGCUUGUUCAAAGCCGCGGUCGCGGUUUUCUGGGCCGUCCCUUCCCCGUCCGGCAGCGGCCAGGACGCGGUGGAUGGAGGCAUGUCUGGAGGGGAGGGGCCUGACCCCGCGACCCGGUUGGUGAGGUUCGCGCUGAACCGCCACCUGCUCGUGAAUGAGGGAGACGCCGAGGGGUGGAGCGAGCUGGUGUCUUUCGUUCUGAUUGGCGUUUUGGUCCUCCUACAGACGAGAGGCUUUCUCGCCACAAUCACUACCGUGUCAAGAGCUUCUGUUAUCAGCGGGUUCUCGAUACCCGCGCAGGUGCUAUCGUUGCUCUGGUCCAUGCUGAUGGGCACGUACUUCACCUCGAGCGUUAUCUUGAUGCGCGUGAACCUUCCCCCGAGGCACCGGGUCGCGAUCACGGCUGUGCUUGGCGGGAUGAGGUUCAGCUUCUACCAGCGGUGGUUCGACACCGUGUUCUUGAUCUCCGGCUGCGUGACCGCCGUCACGCUCCUGGCGUUCCACCUCGCCAACCGAAACAGCGACGCGGACCACCACGAGGACGUCCAUAACGAUAUCACCCGCCACCAACCAUCGCUAACAGCAACGGAAACUACAAGAGGCAGAGGGCAGCAGGCAGAAAAUGCGUACGGAAUAGGGGCGGGGGGCGGGGGGUUCGGCGUUGUUGCUAACCCGCGCGAAGGCGGCGGGCCGAGCAACAGCGGGGGCGGGGGCUAUUACUCGAAGGGCGGCGAACCGUCCGCGGUUCGGCCUAGAGGGAGACGAGCAGUGGACUUGUCGGGCUGGGACUACAACACGUCUUUUUUUUCAGCGGGCAGGGGUGGAGGCGGUGGGGUUUCCGGUGGCAAGAGGCAGGCGGGUGGUGGUCGAAGAUCGAAGGAGUGCUAGCUCUUGUCGCCAAUGCGGCGUCUGCAGGCUGCAACAUGUUCACGAGAACGAUUGUGUUCGCGGUACAUGGACGUUUGCUGACGUCAGGUUGGGUCUGAUGGGUUGAAUGGUGUUGGUAUUGUGUGGUGUUGGCUUGAAGAGAUACACGCAACCGUCCACGGUCCAUAGGUUUGUUUAGUUGUCUCUUUUCAUUCCGUUGGACGGCUCUCGUAGGUUCUACCAUGUACCGCUCGAUCUUGCAUCGCCACGUAUCCGAGGAGUCCCUAUCGGGGUAGACGAGAAGUCCUUUGUGGAGGAGCCUUCAUCCCUACCGCGAUAAGGCUCCUAUGAUCCCUAGCAUACAUGAACACGCUGGUGUAUACAGUGGAUUUUGCUCCAUCCCGAUGUCGAUGCUGCAUUAUUUUGUCAACAGAACACCGGACAUUUUAAGCCAUGCCACAAGAAGGGUCGGAGGUAAAAACAUCUCGACAGCAACGACGAGGCGC